CGCUACUCACGAAGAAGGAGAAUAGACGCUAGGUUGGGCUUUAACGAUGAAACAUUUCGGUCACUGGAGAUAAACAAGGUCUGCAAACCAGCUUUGACUUCCUUUAGAGGGGCCUUAGACACACAGCUGGGUCUUUUGAGCGGGUGUAGUUAACCAUAGAAGGGACUGCUUAUUGUCUUUGACAUUAUUGAGGUGGUUGUAAGAAAAACGAUUGAAGCUAAUGUUAGCUUAGCUAUCUGUUAAAUAUCUCUGUCGGGACUUAACGGUUGUUUUUGUCUAAUAUUAUAUCACGCUAAACACACCACGAAUGUCUCCUCUAUUCGUAUUUAUGAGCUCGUUAUGAAGAUUGAGUUGUCAGUGAAUUGUUGCCACCCGUGUAGUUUUGGUUGUUCUCAUCAUCAUCAUCAUCGAAUUUAAAAAUAGUUUCUCUCUAACUUUGGUUUGUUUUUCCCCCUUUCCCAGCUGUCGUUCUUGUGAACAAUAUCAAUUCCCCCUCCGUCGUUGUAAGAAACUUUCUGCAAUAAUUUGGACUGGAAGCAGAAAGGCGUGUCUCAGAGAUUUUUCUUUGGAUAUUUCAUUGAAGACAAAUGUUUUUGAGUCAUGGAUCAAGGUGUUGUGGACAGUCCUGUCAUCCUCGUUAUCAAGGCUCCCAACCAGAAGUACGAUGACCAGACAAUCAACUGCUUCCAGAACUGGACCGUGGAAAAGCUCAAAGCCCACCUGUCUGAUGUGUACCCUAGCAAACCCAGCUCCAAAGACCAGAGGCUGGUUUAUUCUGGGAAACUGCUUCUGGAUCACCUCACCUUAAAAGACGUCCUUCGGAAACAGGACGAGUACCAUAUGCUCCAUCUGGUGUGUGCCUCCAGAACCCCUCCCAGCUCCCCGAAGCCGCCCCGCAGCCGCGGUAACAAGCCUCAGGAGAGCGCCGCCGGUCCCACGGCCUCUCAGAGUUCUAACAGUGCCGGUCAGGUGGCUGCAGGAGAGGGCAGCGAUUGGCUGAGACAGCAGGCUGGAGCCUUCCCCUACCAUCACAUGUAUUCGCAAUUUAUGCAUAGCUGGAAUCAUCAAAUGGCAUCAGCCCCCAUAAACACGCCCUCCUACUACGCCCCCAUGACUUUGAUGUGGUGGCAGCAGCUGUAUGCAAGACAGUACUACAUGCACUACCACUUACUGGCAUCUUCCUCUCAGCUCCUCCGACCCGACCAGCCCUCCGCUCAGACCGGCCAGUCCGACCCUGGGAGCCAACGACCACAGGCGGGUCGCCACGGAAACCCGGAAGUCCAGAUGAACGCUCAGGGAGGGGAGAUCCUGAACGAGGAGGAGCUCAACAGGGAUUGGCUGGACUGGGUCUACACAUUUUCUCGCGCUGCCAUCUUGCUCAGUAUAGUCUACUUCUACUCCUCCUUCAGCCGUUUUGUCAUGGUGAUGAUGGCCAUGCUGGUGCUCUACCUACGUGGAAAAUACUUGAAUCAAAUUGCAGACUGCGUUGGAACCCCGUCACCACCAGGCCGGCUGGUUUCCCUUCAACCUGGAAAACGAGCUGCAGCUCCCUGGAGACCGGCCCAAUCAGGAAGAAAUGGAGGCAGAACUGCAAAACCAGGACCUACAAGAAGUGGACGGAGUGAACGACGACGCCUCAGACGACGACGGGGAGAGCGGAGAGGAAGGAGCGGAGGAUCCUAACAGCGCCCCCAAUGCCGGCUUCUUGUCCUCCACGUGGUCCUUCAUCAUCACGUUCUUCAUGUCGCUGAUCCCAGAAGGGCCGCAGA